UUUAAUUAUUAUUUCAGGAACGAGUUCCGGUGACGUCACCAACCUGAAUGGCAGCUUAGAGUAACAUCUCCCUCGUGAGAAAAGUUAUUUCGCCCCGUUAGACCGUAAAAUGCCAAAGUUUCAGAUAAUCUCUGAAUAAAUAAAAGGGGCAAGAAUGGGGAAAACCAGAGGAAAUCGAACAAAUAUCGUUGCAGAGCCUGUAAAUGAGGAAAGCUCUGUGUCCGCGAACAGCUCACCUGUAAAGCUACAAGAUGGCGGUGCUAAUGCUAACCCUCGCUCAAAGGAGGCGGACGCCUAAGGUUUAGUCCAAGUUCUGGAGGAGAUUCGGGACUUCCGAAAGGACAUAAAAGAACAGCUGAGCGAUAUUAAAUCCGAGCUCACCAACAUUAAGCAACAAAUAACAGACACAGAGGAGCGAAUUGAGAGAUGGAGGACCGGAUUCAAAACGUGGAGUAUGUGUUGAACAACAUGAUAAAAGUCAUUAAUCAGCAAGAAAACAAACUACUCGAUUAUGAAGGGAGAUCCCGACGCGAGAACUUAAGGAUAUACAAUGUUCCCGAAGGAGCCGAGGGACCGUCCAUGCCAGAGUUUGUGGAAAAAAUGCUGCGGGACAUGUUGGAGAUCCCCGCAACUACGCAACUCGACAUCGAAAGGGCGCACCGCGCGUUCGCGCCAAGACCCGCCGGAGACAGAGAAGACAAGCCGCGGUCAAUAAUAGUCAAAUUCCUCCGCUACAGGAUGAAAGAAGAUGUCAUGCGUAAAGCCUGGGGAAAGAAGAGGAUUGUUCUGAACGGGAGACAAAUAUACUUUGACCAGGAUUACCCCCCAGCAGUCCUGCUAAAGAGGAAAUAAUAUGCUGAAGCCAAGCGAGUGUUAAAGCAAAGAAAUAUCCGCUUCCAGACUCCGUUCCCGGCCAAAUUACGAGUGUUUUAUGAGGACGGCACGCAGCUGUACCGGACAGCAAAGGAGGCGACAAAAGACAUGAAGGACAGAGGACUGCCAGUCAGCGUGACUACGCCGAGGAAAAGCCUGCUGGAUCAGUUGUCCCGCUCCGCCUGGGAGACCAUGGGAGGAAGGAGCCGGGAGGGGACAGACAGUUGCCAUGCUGCCGGAGGCUCAGCGCGUAUGUCUCUCCUCAUUCUACUGGCUAUUUUUACCUGCUCAGCUUCAGUUAUGUAUCUGGUCUAUAGGAACUUCCCAGAGCUUCCCGAUGAUGAAAUGGAGAAAAUCAAGAUCCCCAAAGACAUGGAUGAUGCUAAAGCGUUGGGAACCGUGUUAUCCAAAUACAAAGACACCUACUACAGCCAGGUGUUGCUGGCCUACUUUGCAACAUAUGUUUUCCUACAGACCUUUGCAAUCCCUGGAUCCAUUUUCCUCAGCAUCCUGUCUGGAUAUCUUUACCCAUUCCCCCUAGCUCUUUUCUUAGUCUGCUUGUGCUCUGGUUUGGGGGCUUCCUUUUGCUACAUGCUGUCCUACUUGGUAGGCCGACCCAUGGUCUACAAAUAUCUCACAGAAAAAGCCCAAAAGUGGUCCCAGCAGGUUGACAAACACAGAGAUCAUUUAAUCAAUUACAUCAUUUUCUUGAGGAUAACUCCGUUCCUUCCCAACUGGUUCAUCAACAUCACCUCUCCAGUCAUCAAUGUGCCCUUAGGAGUUUUCUUCAUCGGGACCUUUUUAGGUGUGGCGCCGCCAUCUUUCGUAGCUAUCAACGCAGGUACAACACUGUACAAACUGACCACAGCCGGUGAGGCCGUGUCCUGGAACUCUCUGGCUGUGCUUGGCGUCCUCGCUGUGCUUUCCAUUUUGCCUGUCUGCUUCCAGAAAAAGCUGCAGCGGAAACUGGAGUAGCUCAGCCCGGGCUGAUCCCAUUCCUCGUAACACUCCCCCUCCAAUAACUCUUAAGUCCUUCCCCUCAGGAACGUACAUCAAGUUGCUCUUCCUUGGUCACAACUACUUGAUGUCUGGGUGGGAGGUUUUCCCGCUGAUGAUAUGAUAAACAUGCCUCGACCACACGGUCCACACAAUGUUGGUUUGUUCCUCAUGUUUGAACUGGCCACUGUACACGCUUGUUUGAUUUUUUGUGAAUUAUUUGUCAUAUGCUUUUUUAAGGCACUUUGCAAUUAAUGUUUUGGUCCUUGCUAGACAGUUAAAGGCACUGCUUGUAGUAUGUUGGAUAACAUUGAUUACAGUAUUCAGCCUAUGUUCCUAUACCAUCCUUUUUAAUUGGUGAUGGUAUUACUGCUCCCAAAGCACAUAAUUUCACAGUAAAGUCCACUUCAGUGGAAUUCAACAUCCUGUUUGCAGCCCCUAAACAUUCACUCCCUGUAAUUGUUUUGGUUUUUGCACCGAAAAAAGCAAAACCUGUCUCAUUGUCACUGCUGUGUUGAAAUUUAAGUUUACUUUUUCGAUAUCAUAUCUGGUGCUUGCUUCAUAAAAAAAGUAAAUUUUAGAAGAGGAAGUGAAGGUGUACAGUUAGGUAAAAAACAAACCUUGACUGAGAUACAGUUAGCAACUUUUUUUUGUAUUUUGUAAGAGUUUUUGACUUCUACCUCUUAAAUAUGCCUGGAUCUGUUGCCAGAUAGUACCUUUUUUCUUCCAAAUAAUUUAAGUUUUGGUUGGAUUUCAAAACUCAAAACUAUAAUAUAAAACAAAAUUAAAUGUCCCCUUGAUUGAAAUGAUUUGGAAUGAAAUGUGUUGAAUUUUGCUAAUAGGGAUGACUUCCUGACUGUAUUUAAAUAGUUUGUAUGCGUCUGUCUCCAUCCUCUACAAUGCGCUUGUACAAAUGGGUGCCAACAGACUCAUUUAAGUCUGGAAGGUCUAAACUUUGUCAGAUUAUGUAAAAAAAUGUUUGCCGUUCUGCACAACUUAAGUAAAUAUGUACACAAAGGCAAAGUGUUUUUAUUUGACGGAUUUGCUUUAGUAUUUUUAAUCUAUUUAUUUAUAGCAUUGUCAGAAUGUUUUUAUUUUAUUGAUUUUGGUCUAUUAAAUGUCUUAGAGCAGUUUUCUGCUAACUACUUAAAUAUAUUCCCAAAAUAACACAUGUUGAUUGAUGACAAAUAAACAGAUAUGUAAUGCACCAGUUGUGUAGAAACAUGCAAAUGUAUGAGACUUUUUUCUGAUCAAUUUUCUUCAUCUGAGUUUUGAAGUUUGUUUUAUGUUUCUCACUGGACUGGCUCUGAGGGUAACUGUAUUUAACAGGGUCCUUUCUUUAAGUAGAACAUUGUUUGAAAUGGGAAUUAAUGUCUUAAA